AUGCGUAGCGCACUCAUUUGGACUACGCUGCUCAUUACUGCGGGCUACUAUUAUUGUGCAACAUGUCAAACAUGUCAAGCAUUUCAAGGUGCGGUAGGUCUUCCACCAAGUGAUCCUGAACAAUCAUAUGUUUCGAGAUGUCCACCAAGUUCUGUCCCAGCACAAAUAUAUCCGCCCGUUUAUACUUCUCAGCAACCGAGGGUAGCCGUUGCACAGCAACACGCUCCUGGAUCUUUGGGGGCCUGGCAACCUGUUUUCGUGAAUUCUAACCCCUACGGCAAUCCGCAUGGUUCCAAUCUGCCUCCGGUAUCAGCAUCGACACCACGACAGUUCUCUUCGUUCCCGCAUUACCACCCAAACGCCGAUGGUCCCUGUAAUACUGAGAACCCGUUGAGUACGGAGCAUCUUGCAGCUAGACACAUUGUGACAGAACUGCCUAAAUUUGGUGGAGAUCCGGAGGAAUGGCCAAGGUUCAUUGCAGCGUACGAACGAACCGCAAGGAUGUGCUGUUUUCGAAAUGAUGAGCUUUUGGAUCGUCUCGAAAAAAGUCUGCAAGACAGAGCUCUCAGCACCGUAAAAAGUCUUCUUCUGCAUCCAGACAAUGUUCCUAUCAUCAUACACCGUCUUAGUACCCUGUUUGGAAACCCGGAAACCAUUGUAGACACGAUGAUGAAGAGAGUUAAGCUGAUGCCGCCGCCGAAAGCAGACAAAUUAGAGAGCAUAAUUGACUUUGGGGUUGCUGUUCAGAAUCUUUGUGCAACUAUUCUAGCCUGUCGGCUAGACGAACGUUUAUAUAAUGCUACUCUGCUACAAGAAUUAGUGGAAAGUCUCCCAAUUAACCUCAAAAUGAAAUGGGCAACACAUAUACAGAAGACUGGAGCGAUAUCUCUUAUGGAUUUCAACAUUUGGUUAACUAAGAAGGUCGAUGCCUUCAGCAGAGUAACACGACCACAAGCAUGGACGAAACCUUCCUCUAGAAAUAGGAGAGAAGAAGCGUUUUUGCACGUACACUCCGAGCAGCCGUCCGUAGAAUCCACUCGAAAGGUAUGUCUAGCUUGUGCUGGAGAUUGUGCGAACAUAGAAAGCUGUAGUGUCUUUCUUCAGAUGUCAACGAAAAGGAGGUGGGCAUUAAAGAACGAGCAUAACUUCUGUCGUAAAUGUCUGGCUAAACACUUAGGGGCGUGUGAGAGAAAAAUUCCAUGUAACGUAAACGGCUGCAGAUUUCUUCAUCAUUCGCUUCUUCAUGACGACCGCAAGCAUUCAGGACCGCCUUCCCAUCCAACACAGAAUUCGCAUUGCAAUACGCACAAUUGUUCGCUAGGAGGGGUCUUGCUUAAGUACAUCCGUAUUACCGUACACGGUAAGAAACGAUCUAUCACAACCUAUGCCUUUCUCGAUGGUGGUUCUACCUGCACUUUGAUGGAACAUAGCCUGUGGCAGGAUUUGGACCUUGCAGGUGAACAGUACCCACUGUGUAUUAACUGGACAGCUGGUCAAGGGCGAUACGAAGCAGGUUCAGUGAGAUGUUCUAUCGAUAUCACCGGAAGUCAAUCAGACAAUCGCUUUCAUCUAACGAAAGUACACACAGUCGAGAGCUUGGCACUUCCUCCGCAGACAGUCUCUGGACCUGAUCUAAUAAAUCGUUAUCGUUAUCUCUCAGAUGUUCCUAUUGACUCGUAUACCGAUAUUAGGCCACGUAUCUUGCUGGGAAUGGACAAUAUUCGUCUCGAAUACCCCUUGGAUUCCAGAGAAGGUCUCGAAAAUCAGCCGACGGCUGUUCUAACGCGCUUGGGAUGGGUAAUUUUCGGACCCAAUGAUCUUGAAAACGAUCAGGCCAUUACUCGAAAAUCUGAGUUCAACUAUCACGUUUGUCAGUGCGAUGAGCUUAACGCAGCGGUACGAGACUAUUUUUCUUUUGAUAGCCUUGGAGUUCAAGCAGGUGGUAGGCAGAUCUUGUCAAAGGACGACGAGCGUGCAAUGGCACUUCUCAAGAAGAACACCACACGUAAUGGCGCACGAUACGAGACGUGCUUACUUUGGCGGUAUGAUAACAUCGAUUUACCCAGUAGCAAAAAUAUGGCACUAAGCCGGCAUAAGUGUCUAGAACGACGUUUGAUUCGGGAACCAGAGUUGGCGAAGGCUUUACAGCAGAAAGUAUGCGAAUACGAGACUAAGGGAUACAUUCGUAUGCUGACAGCAGAAGAGGAAAACAUGUAUCGUGAUCGUUGUUGGUACCUGCCGAUCUUUCCGGUAACUAAUCCAAACAAACCCGGCAAACUCAGGAUCGUUUGGGACGCCGCAGCUAAAGUAGGCAAGGUCUCUCUAAAUUCGUUUCUAUUGAAGGGUCCAGAUCAGGUUGUACCGCUUCCACAUGUUCUACGCCGCUUUCGGGAGUAUCGUGUUGGGAUUACGGGUGACAUACGCGAAAUGUUUCACCAGGUUAGGAUAAACAACAAAGAUCAACACUACCAACGUUUUUUCUGGAAUAAGGGAAACUUUGGAGACGUGCCAGCGACAUACGUUAUGGAAGUCAUGACAUUCGGAGCAAGUUGUUCGCCAAGCUGUGCUCAAUACGUAAAGAACCUUAAUGCGAUACGAUUCAGAGAGCAGUACCCCCUAGCAGCUGACGAAAUAAAAAACGGAACCUAUGUUGAUGACAUGCUUUGCAGUGUUGAAUCAGAAGUGGAAGCGAUUGAAUUAGCAAAGAACGUGCGCAUGAUACACGCUAGCGGAGGUUUUGAAAUUCGAGGAUGGUUGUCCAACUCCAGGAACGUGAUGGAAGCAAUGGGCGAGAGUGAUGUUGCCCCAAAGAAUAUGGAUAUAGGUGCUGCGCUCGCAACAGAAAAGGUUCUUGGAAUGUGGUGGGACACAAUCUCGGACACCUUCACCUUCAAGACUCCGAAAAGAUGUCGUCCGGAAUUAAUGACUGGCUCAGAAAUUCCCACCAAAAGGGAAGUUUUGCGGGUUCUCAUGUUAAUCUACGAUCCACUGGGAUUUCUCGCAAACUUUCUUAUGUACCUGAAAGUACUUCUGCAAGAAAUUUGGCGUUCCGGCGUUCAAUGGGAUGAACCAAUAAACGAACAACAAUUUGAAAAAUGGUGUGUUUGGCUGAAAGUUCUACAACAAGUAGAAAACGUUUCCAUUCCAAGGUGCUACAGAACCAAAACUUCUUCUUCUCCCGACACCAAUCACAUCCAAAUUCACGUGUUUGUAGAUGCCAGUGAAAACGGCUACGCUGCUGUCGUCUACCUACGAUUUGAAGAGGAUUCCGUGGAAUGUGCCUUUGUAACCGCCAAAACUCGUGUCGCUCCUUUGAAGUAUGUAUCAAUUCCACGCCUGGAACUUCAAGCAGCAGUGAUUGGAGCACGGUUAGCGCAGGAUGUAGUAGAACAGCAUCGAUUACCAAUAACUCAGCGAUUCUUUUGGUCCGAUUCUCGAGAUGUGCUUUGCUGGUUGAAAUCUGAUCACAGGAAAUAUACAAAGUAUGUUGGAGCUCGUGUUGGUGAAAUCCUGGAAAAAACAAAUGUUGCAGAAUGGAAUUGGGUUCCUUCCAAAUUGAAUGUAGCCGAUGAAGGUACAAAGUGGCAAAAAACACCAGAUUUGCACUCGAGUAGUAGGUGGUUCAGAGGUCCAGACUUCAUUUGGCAGUCGCGGCAAGAAUGGCCAGAACAACUCAAAUGUUAUGGAGUAACUGAUACAGAAAUUCUUCAACAUUCAAAUGUCCAUGUGAUACGAGAACCUCUGAUAAACUUCGGUGAUCAUUCGAACUGGUGGAAGCUAGUACGCCUAGUUGCGUUUAUUCGUCGAUACAUCGGUAACCUUCGCCAAACAUUAUAUAACAGAGAAAAAGCAGUGGGCAUGUUGAAACAAUCAGAAUUGCUGAAUGCGGAAUACGAGAUCUAUCGAAUGGCGCAACGAGAAGAAUUUCGCGAAGAAAUUAGCUUAUUAUCAAACACAAAAAACGUUAACCCUCGGAUUCCCAAGACCAGUGUGCUCUACGGACUUUCACCCUUUCUCGACGAAUACGGAGUAUUACGGAUGAAAAGUCGAAUUUCCAAUUGUCGGUUUAUAGAUCAGAAUACUGCCCACCCAAUCCUACUCUCGAAAAAUCAUCAAGUUACUAAUCUAGUUGUUAAAUUUACUCAUGAGCACUACCAUCAUCUAAACCAUGAAACUGUGGUGAAUGAGCUACGACAGAAAUACCAUAUCCCUAAGCUUCGCAGAGUAUGUAAUAAAAUUCAUCGCGACUGCCAAGCAUGCAAGAACGCUAAAGCUCGCCCACAAUCUCCGAUGAUGGCUGACCUACCCCCAGCAAGGCUUGCAGCAUGUUCAAGACCAUUUUCAUAUAUCGGGAUCGAUUAUUUCGGUCCAAUGAACGUAGCAGUAGGGAGACGUGUCGAGAAGAGAUGGGGAGUGUUGAUAACCUGUUUGGUAGUUCGAGCGGUACACUUAGAAAUAGCCCAUUCCUUAACUGCCAGUUCCUGUAUCAUGGCCAUUCGAAACUUCAUUGCGAGACGUGGCACCCCUAUCGAGAUCUUCAGUGAUCGUGGAACCAAUUUCGUUGGAUCAAGUCGAGAGUUGUCGGCAGCUGUUCAAGAGUUAGAUCAAGACAAGGUUAUGAAGGACCUCGUAUCGGCCGAUACAAAAUGGACUUUUCUACCACCCAGCAGUCCGCAUAUGGGCGGAAGUUGGGAAAGGCUUGUGCAAUCAGUUAAAAAAAUCUUGAAUAACAUGAACCUUCCAAGGACUCCCACCGAUGAAGUUCUUCGUAACAGCCUACUUGAGAUCGAAUUCAUCAUAAACUCGCGUCCCCUCACCUACACACCAAACAUUUUUUAA